CCUUAACCACCUCCAGUCCGGCCGUUGUAUAUACAUGGCUGGACAGUGGCAGUGCAGGGGCGGGUGGACGUUUAUAAACGGCCUCCCUGCCCCCUGCUUGUGCGCGCUCCCUGAUAGUGCACAGCACCGUGAUCCAGUGCCCGCUGUGUCCUCUGGACACAGUGGAACACCGAUCACUGUACAGGACCUCUGUACAAGGUCCCGAUCAUGUGAUCACUGAUUGGCCAAUCAGUGAUCACAUAAAUAUUAGUAAACAAGAUGUCACUUCUGACAUCAUUGCUUACUACGUGUGAAAUCUGUGAAUGAACACAGAGGUCACAUGGUACAGGGCUAUUCACAACAGCCUUGUACCA